CUUAGGAACUUCCGUCUUGCAGACCUCGUAACCAUCAUGAACGGCGUCUGCGGUUCUUUCUCUAUAUUUUCCUCUGCACGAUAUCUCUUGACGAACGAUAUUGACUAUCUCUGGACCGCGAUGGCAUUCCCCCUCGCUGGACUUAUGUUUGACUUUUUGGAUGGAAAGGUGGCGAGGUGGAGGAAAUCGAGUAGUAUGCUCGGCCAAGAAUUGGAUAGUUUGGCUGAUUUGAUUUCAUUUGGAGUUGCUCCCUCUUUGUUGGCCUUCGCAGUAGGCCUAAGAACCUACCUGGACACCGUCGUUCUUACUGGUUUCAUCUGCUGCGGCCUUGCUCGACUUGCUCGAUUCAAUGCGACAGUCGCCCUAAUUCCUAAAAAUGACGGCGGCAAAGCCAAGUAUUUUGAAGGUCUUCCCAUCCCAUCAUCACUCGCACUCGUUGCCGUACUGUCGUACUGGACGAAGCAGGGAUGGAUCGAAGGGAAGGAAGGGAUCCCGUGGGGCACUAUGACGCUAUGGGGAGAACAAGGAGGGCGCGGAGAGUUGCAUGUGGUUAGUAUUAUCUUUGCAUGCUGGGCUGCUGCCAUGGUCAGCAAGACGCUUCGCGUUCCCAAAUUAUGA